AUGCGGGUGUCCCCAGGGGCCGUCUGGCUCCUGAAGAACACAGCAGCAACACGGUUACACCGCAUCUCAUGCACGGGCCACCGCACUUGGCGCGUUACUACAGCACCGGCUUGUUCGACUGGAGCAGCAGCACCUGCAGCGGCUGCUUCACCUGAACCACUUGCUGCUCUGCAGACACGUACGCGCGUGGCUGUAGCCACUGGAGGGUCCCUUCAUGGGAUCCCCAGCGGCUACAGUGGCGGCAGCAAUCUCUAUCCCACCGGCUACUCCUCUAUUCUUGUGCGUGGUCCCUGCUCUCUGGCCCUUGCAGCCGUCCCCCGGGCCGCUGCUUCAUCACAUUGCACACAAUCAUCUUUGGGACUGCCGUGCUGCUUCACACAACCAUUCACCAGCUACAGCCGUGGUUUGUCGAAAGCUGUGAAUGCAAGCAGGGGUAAGGGUAACAGCAGCACCGCCUGCGAGGACCUGGGAGGGGGACGUCCGCCAGAAUCCGGCGGCCAUCCUGCUGCUUGCAGCACUUGCCUCAGUAGAAGCAGCAGUGACAGAGAGUGGCGCCACAGUAACAGCAGCACGAUGAAGCGUGGCAGCAGGAGCAGUGGCAGCGGCAAAAUUCGCGGAAACAGCAGAGCGCAGCUGUUUGUUGCAGACAGCUCGGAGUUAAGACGAGAUGGGAGCUCGGCGAAGAGCCUGUGGAGUCUUCUUGCUGCAGCCUUGUGGCCGGCUAGUCGCCCAUUAAAGGUGCGAGUUGUGGGAGCAGUGACCUCUCUACUGGCAGCCAAGUGUCUGACUAUUGCAGCCCCUGUGGCUUUGGCGGGUCUUAUAGAUCACUUCACGCAGACCGCUGCAGCAGAAGCAACUCAAGCAGCAGCAGCUGUUGCAACAGCUGCUGCUGAAGCGGCAGCAGGAGCUACGGGAACGAUGGUCCCAGGGACCCUGUUGCACCCCGCGCUUCCAGCUAGUCUCGCCAUUUGUUACCCACUGGCCAGACUGGGGGCCUCAGCGUUCACGGAGCUGCGCACUGCUCUUUUCACUCGGGUGUCUCAGAGGGCCUCGCGAGAGUUGGCUGCAGCGGCGUUUGCUCACAUGCAUGCUACUUCGUUCAGCAGCAACAACAAAGUACUUCUUGUGCUCGUGCUGCUGCUGGCAUUGGUUGUGCCCACGACGCUCGAGUUUUUGAUGGUGUUGGUUCUUCUGAAGCUGAGAGUUGGUUGGACCGUCGCAGCAACAGCUGUGGCCACCAUCUCGACUUACUGGGCCUUUACAGCCGCUGUCACCACCCGCAGGGCCAAACUGAGGCGCGAGAUGAAUCGCCUAGAGGGGCUCAGCGCCGGGCUGCUGGUGGACUCGCUGGGAAACGCGGAGGUGGUGCGUUACUUCACGGCGGAGGCGCAGGAGGCGGAGCGCUUUGGGGCGGUGCAGAGGCAACUGGAGAAUCAAAUGGCGAAAGUGAACGAGUCGUUGGCGCUUCUGAACUUCGGACAGCAACUCAUCUUCACCAGUGGACUCACCCUCUCCCUCCUGCACACCGCCAACCUCGUAGCUUCAGGGGCAGCUCCUGUUGGCCAAAUUGUACUCGUCAGCACGCUGCUCCUGCAGCUGGCGAUUCCUCUCAACUUCAUUGGAACUGCCUACAGAGAGCUGACGCUGAAUACAAUAGAUUUGGAAAAGCUGCAGCAGCUGUUGCAGUUGCGACCCCUGGUGCAGGACCCACCGAACCCGGUUGCAUUUCACUUGCGUGGCGGUGCAGUGGAGUUUAGAGACGUUAAAUUCGCUUAUCCUCCCUCCCACUCUUUGGACCAAUCGUCUGUACAUCCGUCGCCGCAAAACCAGGAGUCGUGCAAAAUGCACCAAACCUCUACAGGUGUACACGGCGGGGGCAAGCUGGUCUUAGAUGGAUUCUCGCUUCAAGUGCCAGCUGGCAGCCGAGUGGCCUUGGUUGGGGAGUCGGGCUCGGGCAAGACCACGCUGAUUCGCCUCUUGUAUCGGCUUGCGGACCCCAUCAGCGGCGUCGUGUCUAUAGAUGGACAGGACCUCAAGACCCUUCCCAUCAUGUCAUUCAGACAGCACAUAGGAGUGGUCCCCCAAGAUGUGGCGCUGUUCAACGAAUCUCUCGGAUUUAACUUGCGCUACGGCAGCCCACAUGCCACAGACGAACAAGUGAAGGAGGCAAUCCGCUUAGCGGAGCUGGCAGAAUUGGUGGAGUCGCUUCCCGACGGGCUCGACACGCCUGUGGGUGACCGAGGCCUUCGGCUUAGCGGGGGGGAAAAGCAACGCGUAGGAAUUGCUCGGUGCCUGUUGCGUAACCCAGAUAUUGUGGUAUUUGACGAGGCGACCAGCGCCUUGGAUCUCCACACCGAACACAAAAUCCUUAAGGUGGGUCUCAGCCUUUUCCCCGUUCCCGACCUCCUACUAUGGGCCCUGCAAGCGAUAUCGCGUGGCCGCACCACCCUGUUGAUUGCCCAUCGCCUGUCAACAGUUGCUGGAGCCGACGCAAUUGCUGUCCUCGACAGAGGCCGAGUCGCGGAAAUCGGAACGCACGAGCAGCUGCUGCAGAAGCCAAACGGGUUGUAUGCUUCCAUGUGGGCCCGACAGCGAGAAGGCCAGACGGGGACGACCUUCAGUGCUUCUUGA